AUCUUUGUUCUUGAUGGUCGAAGAUAAAGAUUUAAAAUCCUCGAAUAGCUCAAACGCGUCAGUAGCUGGAGUGAGUAAAACAAAAGUGCAGGCCCUGAUGUAAUUAUUACCAGCUGUAUCAUUAGGGGGUGAUUCCGAGAUGAACUUGGCGCCAGGUCAGGUAGCCUUGAGUUCUGUUAACAACUGUGUUCAGAGAUUAGUCGGAUGUAACAAUCACCUGAAAGGGGAGAUUAAAGGGUCUCAAUGGGAUCCUUUGUUCUCGGCCUCAUUUGAUGCUUUGGGGCCAUUUCAAAUCACGUCGCGGAGGAGCUUUAAAUAUUUGGAGACCCAGGGGGAUGGUUAGUCGGCCUGCUGUGGCGAGGAAGGGCUCUAAGGGGCAAAGGGCACGGAGGAUGGAGAAGGGGUCUUUCUCGGUGGAGUGGCUCGCUCAGAGCAGCCAUGAGAAAGCCCAAUCUGCAAGCGGGGUGUCUUCCACCCACCACCCGCCGCGGGGCGACCAGUCCCUGCCCAGGAAUGUAGCCAGAGCCCGCGCCAGCGGCGAUCAAGAGAAGAGAAACCCAGCGCGUACCAGGCCAAGCACUAGGAGCCGAGAGAGACCGCCUGAGGGCGCCCGGCGGAGUGCGGGAGACCAAGCUGCCCUGGGCGAGCUGGUGGAAAGUGGCCCAAGCAGCGCCGCGUCCAGCCCGAAGGAGGCGGAGGCAGGCGGGGAAGGCAGCGGCUCGGAGAGCGCCAGCUGCACCCAGGCGGGGCGGCCCCGCACCAAGUUCUCGGCCUCGCAGCUGCAGGAGCUGGAGAGGAGCUUCCGGGAGCAGCGCUACAUUGGGGCCAGCGAGAAGCGGCGGCUGUCCAAGGUGCUGAAGCUCUCUCAGACCCAGAUAAAAACCUGGUUCCAGAACCGUCGUAUGAAGUUCAAGCGACAGACCCAAGAUGCCAGGGUUGAAGCUCUCUUUUCAGGCUUACUUCUACCUUAUCCUUACCCAGACAUCCAGACACCCAGUUAUCCCCCUGGGAUGGAGUUCAACGUCUCCUCUGCUGCUGCUGUGACCUGUUCCCUUCACCCAGCUAUGCCAAGUCCAGCUCUGCUGCUGCCUUCUGCUCCAACUCAAUCUCUUCAGGCAGUUGUGCCAACCCCAGCCCUGCUGGUGACUACUGCUCCAGGAUUUUCUUAUCAGUCUACAAUUCCAACAGUCUCUCUAACCCAGAAUCAUAAUAGACUGAGAUUCCAACCAUAUCUUCCUCCCUCUUAAACAUGAAUAAAAGUGCUCUGAGCUGCGAAAUGAACUUUUUAAAAAUGAACUACCUGAAAUCAUAAAGAGUACUUAUUUAAUUUAACUUAUUUUUAUUAUAGUCAAUAUUUAAAAACUUUUUGGUUAUUUUGUUUUUAAAGCAGUGUUUUUAAAUGGACACAGUCAAGUACAGGUUCAAAAUGAUAAUUAGAAUAGGCUGACAAAUGGUAGAGCAAGGAGUUGAUAUUGCAAAAAUUCUACUCUGUUCCGUCAACCCAACAUGUUGCCAUUAAAACUUCAGUGAAAACUCUUAAGUCUCAAACAACUCUGGGAAUAAUGGUGUGGGA